AUGGAAAAUUCGCUGGACCACGCGUCGCUCCCGGACCCCAGCGAACCCUACGAGUACGAGACGGCCUACCAGCGCGUCUUCCGACCGGACAAGCGCCUGCCGGACGACGCGGAGCUGAAGCGGUUCGCAGCGCUCGACGCCGUCGCGCGGUACCCGGCGGGCGAGCGCGCGGAGAUCGUCCUGCGCGCGCUCUCCGCGCUCGUCGCGAAUCCGGCGGGCCCGCUCGACGCGGCCGCCGUCGCCGCGUGGGUCGCGGACCGCGAGCCGCCGCCGCGGUCCACCGGCGCGGACGGCGGCGAGAGCCGCGCGACGCACGAGGCCUGGGCCGCGGACCUGCUCGCCGCGGCGCGCGGCGCGAGCGACCGCAAGGAGACCGUCCGGUACGUCGCGCGGCGCGCGGGGCGGAAGAUCGGCGACGUGCUCCGCUGGUACUACGGCUCGCACAAGCACGACGCGCCGGCCUACGCCGCGCUCAAGGCGGCGCGCUACACGACCUGGGUGGCCGAGCAGAGCGGGGACGCGGCGAGCGGCGAGCCCGCGCGGCGGCCGUCGCUCGCGCUGUCGCCCGCGAAGCGGCCGCGCGGCCGGCCGCCCGAGGCGCCGGCGGGCCGCGCGCCCGCGAAGAAGGCCAAGAAGGCCGCGGCCCCGAAGAAGGCCGUGCUGGACCUCCCGGGCGACGGCGACGCGCCGCCGCCUGAGGUCGACCUGCCCGCGGGCGCCGCGGACGCGGCGCCGCCGCCGGCCGCGGGCGCCGCGCGCGGCCCCGCGCGGCCGCCGCCGGGCGCCGCCGCCGCCGUCGCGCCGGCGUCGCGCCUUCUGGCCUUCCGCGGGCGCUCCUGGUUCGUCGCCGGCGGCGGCGAGACGCUCGAGGACGUCGCCUCCGCGUGCGGCGGCUGCUGCCCCGAGCAGCUCGCGUUCAUCAACGCGCGCAUGGUCGCGCCUACGCCCGACGGCUGGCUCGACGGCGACGCCGCCGACCGCGCCGCCGUCGACGCGGCCUUUGGCGACGCCGGCGCGCGGCUGCCCGCGGGCGCGGCGGUUUUGCUGCCGUCGCUCGGCGGUCCCGUCGCGGCGCUCCGCGUCGCGCCGGACGCGGCGAGCGACGCCGCGCUCGACGGGCUGCGCCUCGGCGACCGCGCGGGCGCCGUCGUCGCGCUCGCCGCCGCGCCCCGCGACGUCUGGGCCGACGACGACACGACGGCCCUCGCGUACGUCGCGCGAGCGGGCGACACGCUCCGGUCGAUCGCGGGCGCGGUCGCGGGGCCGCGCGCGCUCGCGGCCUCGAGGGCCCCGCCGCCCGCGCUCCCCGCGCGGGACGGCGCCGCCGGCGACGCGCUCGUCGACGAGCUCUGGCUGCGGCAGCUCGAGUGGCGCGCGGCGCCGCUCGGCCGCGACCGCCGGCUCCCGCGGGGCGCGCCCGUGCUCCUGCCCGGCACGGCGGCCUGGCCCCACCUCCCGGCGAACAAGCGGCGCCGACCCGUCCACCGCGACACGUCCGCGGGGCUCCUCGGCGACGUCCGCGGCGCGCUCGAGGCCGCGGACGUCGUCGCCGUCCAGACCGUCGCGCGCGAGGCGCGCCCCGACUUCGACGCGGCGUUCGCCCGCGACCUCGCCGCGCUCCGCGCGGCCGCGCGGAUCACGAGCGAGGGCGUCGCGCACGGCUGGGGCAUGGUCGCGCGGCGCACGCUCGAGCCCGGCGACGUGCUGGCGGACCCGACGUCCGUGUUCCGCGCCGACGACCCGCCCGUGUCCCAGAUGCUCGGCGCGCUCAGCGAGUCCUACGUGAAGCUGCCGCGCGGCGGCGGCUACUUCAAGAUCCACAAGUUCGUCGACGACGCGGCGCGGACCGGCGCCGCGGCCUGGACCUUCUACACGAACGAGGCGCGCGCGCCGGACGUGGCGAACGUCGAGUGGCAGCCGACGCGGUCCGGCGGCCGCACGGUCCUCGGCUGGCGCGUGCUCCGGCCCGUCGCGGCGGGCGACGAGCUCCUCGCGACGUACGUCGGCGACGAGUUCUCGCGCGUCGCGCGGCGCCCCGCGGACGCCGCGACGCCGCCGCGGCCCCGGCGGCCCAAGCGGCGCCACGCCGACGACGACGGCGGCGACGACGACGCCGCGUCGGACCGCCCCGCGGCGUCGCGCGUGCCCGUCGCCGAGGUCGCGCGGAUCUUCGACUGCGACCCGGCGGCGCUCGCGGCGCUGAACGCGUGCCUCGUCGCGCGCAAGAACUUCUUCGCCCUCGACGCCGACGGCGGCUGGGAGACGUUCCUGCUGCCGGACGACCCGCUCGAGGGGCCCUGCGCGACGUGCGCCGCGCUCGGCGACGCGCGCGGCUGGAGCUGCCGCGUCGCGCGGAGGCACGUGGGCCCCGACGGCCCGCCGCCGCCGCCGCCGCCGCCGCCGCCGCUCCUCGACGUCGCGGCGGCGCCCUGGACGGCGGCGCUCGACCGCGAGGGCCUGGGUCGCGACGCGGCGGCGCUCGACCUCGCCGCGCCGGGCGGCCCGCGCGCGGCGGCGGGCCAGGCGUUCGGGGGCGAGGCGUCGCUGUACCGCGCGCUCGCGACGCUCCGCGACGGCGUGGAGCGCGUCGACGCCGCGCGGCUCUUCCCGGGCCACGACGGCGACGGCGCCGCCGCGGAGGCGGCGCUCCGGCGAUGCCUCGAGGGCCGCGUCUUCGCCGCGCGCGACGGCUCGGGCGGGCUGCGGGUCGUCCUUGACGUGAAGAUGCGGUCCUACGGCGCCGACGUCGCGACCUUCGAGCCCAGCGACCGGCGCCCGCGGACGGUCCACGCCUUCGGCGACGUCCUCGCGUUCCUCCGCGACUACAGGGAGUCGCACCUCGUCUCGGUCCCGCGCUGGGGGGCGCUGCCGCCGCGCGACACGGCCCUCGAGGCGCGCGCCGCCGGCGCGGCGCCGCGGUCGUGCCUCGUCUCCGCGGCGCCGGGGCCGCUGGCCUGCGUCUACGUCGCGGCGGGCGGCGAGCGCGCGGCCGAGGUCGCCGACUGGACGGCGACGGACGAGGCCGCGCUCCGCCGGGCCGCGGGCGCCGGCGCCUUCGACGCGGGCGGCCUGCUCAAGGCGGGCGUCGUCUACCGCGUCGCGCGCGCGCCCGCGCUGCGGCCCUUCCUGCCGCCGCCGGCGUUCCUCGACGACGCGAGCGCCGCGCAGCUCGCGCCGGGCUACGCGCGCGCGGACCCGGCGCACGCCGCCGCGGCCUGGUACAUGACCGUGAACAACGACACGCUGCUCACCGUCGCCGCGCGCUUCGGGGGGCGGACGUCCGCCGCGGAGAUCUACGCCGCGAACCGCCACCGCCUCGACGGGCUCCAGCACCCGCAGAAGAAGUCGGGCAAGCCGACGAACUUCAAGCCGGAGACGACGCUGCUCGUGCCCCUCGAGGGGCCGCCGGCGGCCGCGCCGCCGAGGCCCUACGACUGCGCCGCGUGCCGCGGCCGCAACGUGAAGCACGCGUGCGCGGGCGUCUUCGUGGGCGACCCGGCGCGGUGGCCGGCGCCGCGGAAGCCCUGCGCCGCGUGCCGCCUCGAGGGCCGCCUCGGCCCGCGGGCCUGCGCGCUCGCGGGCCACGGCGACGCGCCGGCCUACGACUCGCAGCCCGACGUCGGCGACGGGCUCCGCGUGUUCCGCGGCGGCCGCUGGGCGCGCGCCGAGGUCGCGAGCGUCGGCGCGUCGUCCGUCGUCGCGCGCUUUUCGGACGGCGCCACGUCGGCCCUCCCCUGGCCCGCCGAGGGCUGCGUCCGCGUGCCGCGCGAGCCGGACGACGAGCCGCCGCCCGCGGACGACGACGCGUCCGACGAGAACGAGUGGCGCGACGCCGACGCGCCGCCGCCGCCGCCCGACGACGCGUCGGAGGAGAACGUCGAGUGGCGGGGGUGGCGCGACGACGGCCACGCGCUGCUCGGCCGCGCGGUCGAGCGCGCGGUCCCGGAGGCGGGCGGCGGCGCGGCCUUCGGCCGCGUCGUCGCGUGGCUGCCGCCGGACGUCGCGAACCCCUUCGUCGACGCCGACGACCGGCCCGUGCCAAUGUUCAAGGUGCGCUUCCACCGCGGCGUCCUCGCCGGCGAGGAGGAGGACCUCGAGGAGGCCGAGGUCGUCUCGUCGCUCGCCCCGGUCCGCGACGACGCGGCCGGCGCCGACGACGACGGCAGCGUCGCCGGCGUCGACGGCAGCGCCGGCGACGACGACGGCGGCGCCGGCGACGACGACGGCGGCGCCGGCGACGACGACGGCGGCGCCGGCGACGACGACGGCGGCGCCGGCGAGCCCGAGGACCGGCGCAUCCGCGUCGGCGCGACGGUCGCGAAGAAGUUCGCGGGCUACGGCAGCGAGCCGUGGCGCGGCCGCAUCGCGGACGUCGACGUCGCGGCGCGGAGGUGCGUCGUCGAGUGGUCCGACGAGAGCGAGACGCGCGAGAGCUUCAAGGAGCUCACGCGCUGCUUCGACCGCGCCGAGGGCAAGCCCGCGGCGGCCAAGGCGCCGAAGGCCAAGGCCACCGCGCCCGCGCCGAAGCGCGCCGCGCCGCCGCCGCCGCCGCCCUGCGACGAGUGCCGGUUUUGCCUCGACAAGCCGCGGAACGGCGGGCCGGGCCGCAUGAACCAGGCGUGCGUCGUCGUCGCCAAGUACCGCGAAGACCACGGCCUCAAGAAGACCAAGAAGUCGCGGAAGCCGGGGUCGCCCGGCGCCAAGGCCGCGGCGCGACGCAAAAAGGCCGCCGUCGCCGACGCCAUGCGCCGCGCGGUCGCCGCCGCCGGGUCGACGCAUCCGCUCGAGGACCCGCACCGCGCGCUCGGCGACCGCGAGAUCCUCGUCGCGACGACGCCGUCGGGUGACGUCUUCGUCGACGCCGGCGGCCGCGGGAGCUGCACGCAAAAGUGCGCGCUGUUCCUCGACCAGUUCCUGUCCAUGCUCGCCGCGCGGCGACGGUGCGGCGCGGCGGCGGAUCUCCCCGCGGCCGCGUUCUUCUUCCGCGAGCACUCGGCCGGCUGCGGCGCCGACGACGCGCGGUGCGCCGCGUCGCCGACGCUCGUCAUCGCCAAGGUCGCGGACGCGGCGCCCGGCAUCAUGGCGCCGAACCCCUACUUUGGCACCUUUCCCGCGUGGGAGGCGCAGGCCGCGCGCAUCCGCGAGGCGGCGGCGCGGCCGGCGGCGGAACGGACGCGCAAGGUCUUCUGGCGCGGGAGCGCGCGGCCGUCCGAGGACGCGAACGCGACGGGCUGCGCGGCGCCGCUCGAGGUCGACGGCCACGCGUCGCCCGGCCUCGAGGUCCGCAUGGCGGCGCUCUCGCUCGCGCUGCGCUACCCGGAGACCUUCGACGUCGCCGCGGUCUUCAAGCACGAGAAGACCCGGGCGCUCCACCGGCGCCAGCUCGUGGACUGGCUGCGCUGCGACGCGGCGCGGCGCGGCUUCCCCGGGAGCGAGGGGACGGGCGCCUUCGCGCCCGGCGCGGCGCGGCUCCUCGCCGCGGGCCGCGUCGAGCCGUCGGAGUUUCCCGGCUACGCGGUGCUCGCGUCGCUCCCGGGCGACACGCACGGCUCCUUCUCCCAGCAUCUGAAUCACCUCUGGGCCGCGGGCUCGGCCGUGCUGCUCUGGCGCUGGGCGGAGUCGCGGGCCCUCUACUCCGAGUGGUACUACGCGGGCCUCGAGCUGUGUGGAAAUCAACCACUGGUUUGGGGGCUCCCCACCAAACUUCAGAACUCUCUAUCUCAAUCAAAUCGACGUCGAUUCGGCUGA